UCAACAGCCUUUGCAUCCACAGCCAUCAGCUCUCUCCCGGGAGCUGCCUCCCAGUGCCAGUGGCAGCAGAAGAGCUCUGGCAGCCCAGCAAGCACUGGGAGGAGGCAGCAUCUUGCAGAGAUCUAGAGAAGGAGACUCAGUCUCCUCAACGUUUCUCAAGCCAUCUGUUCGGCGUGGUACCAAGGACUAUCCAAGUACGCAGACAGAGGGAUCUGAGAGAGGCGUGCGCCUGCCACACACCACAGCCCAGGGAUGAGUGAGAACCCACCCACCAACCUCAACGCUGGAGAUGCUCCAGCUGGUCCCACCACACCACGCAAGGGGCCUCCCAAGUUCAAGCAAAGACAGACAAGGCAGUUCAAGAGCAAGCCCCCUAAAAAAGGAGUAAAAGGGUUUGGAGAUGACAUCCCAGGCAUGGAGGGACUGGGCACAGAUAUCACAGUGAUUUGCCCAUGGGAAGCUUUCAGCCAUCUGGAACUGCACGAGCUGGCCCAAUUUGGGAUCAUCUAAGGUGCCAGCAUCUCUACUGGUGUCACCUGGUGACUCCACAGAUCCCAUCAUGGUCUUCAUCACCUUUGACACUUAUUUUUGGCCCUUACAUCCACCUGCUCACAGGCAGGGUGGUUUUGUAAGAGCUAGUUAUGAGAAAGUCCUUUGCAGAUUAAUUUGGCAAAGAAGUUAGUUGGGACCCUGAACAGACCUCAUGCUCCAUGUGGUGAAACUACUGAAAAAUGUCUUAAUGCCUCCCUGAACCAUAUCCUGUCUUCUCCCACUGUCGUUGCUCUUCAGGUUUAUGGAGAUAGAGGGAGGCUCUAUUUGAACUUUUCCCCUGGUUA